AUGCUUCUCUUCGCUCUAAUUCCCCUCUCAGUCCUCCUUUCCCUCUCGACCUCCACCCUCCUAAUCGACUACUCCGCCCCCUCCCCAAUCUCGGCUCUCGGCGAAUGCCAGCUCGAAGGCAACUUCCACCGCGACUACAUCGCCUGCCCUGGCAACUCUUCCAUCUAUAUCAAAACUGGCACCGAUCCCGACGGUAAACCCGCCCUCCACUACCAUCGAGACCCUAGGUUCCGCCGGGCAGAAGUAAAGGGAGCAGGCGCGUAUGCGGCGAAUAAGCACUACUAUGUGGGGUACGAGUUCAGGCUGGGGAACGUGCAUGAGCACUUGGCCGUCUUUCAGUGGAAGAACGCCUACGACGAAACGGAUUCCUCCACCUACCAAGAUGCACCCUUCUUCCUCGCCUUCAGUGAAGUCCUCCCCACCCGCUUCUCUAUCGGCUACAAUCCUCCCGGUGGAAAGAAUACGUACCUCUGGAGCGACGGCUCCGAUUUCUCGACCAACACCACCCACAAUGUUGCUUUGGCCUGGGACACGAUGUCUGGGGGCAACAGCAAGCUGGAGAUGUGGUUGGAUGGUACAAAGGUGCUGGAGAAAGAUGGGUUGACGCUGUGGACGGGGAAGUGCUACACUAAGUAUGGGAUUUAUGGAGGCGAACAGGGGGAUCAUGAUCCAGAGGGACAUAGCAAUGUGUUCGAUAGCUAUGUUUAUGGGGUGCAGGUUAGUGAUGCGAGUUUGGCCGAGGUCGCGGAGUACAGUGGGUUGGGAAGUUAG